GUCGGAGGUCUCGCGCCGGAGACAUGGUGACGAGACGCCGCAUCAACUUGCCAAGCUUCCGUGAAGAGUAGUGGUUCGGACUGUUGAGGACACCAAUGGGGAACUCUUAUGCGGGCCAGCUGCGGACUACACGCUUUGAGGAAGUUCUUCACAACUCCAUUGAGGCAUCUCUGAGGUCGAACACCAUCGUGCCUCGACCUGUCUUCUCACAGCUGUACCUUGAGACAGAGCAGCCACUGGCACAGGAUGGCCGUACAGAGAACGGUGAUGAAGAUGAUGACGAUGGCUCGGAGUCUAACAGCCCACCAAUACCCUACCAGAUGAGGCCACCGCCUGAGGGAUGCUGCACCACAGAUGGGUUUUGUCAAGCUGGCAAGGACCUUCGUUUAUCCUCCCUUGCAUCAGAUCCCUUGGAUGUUCCCCCUGGCUUCAUGUUAGUUGGGGUAAAGUCCCCGUCUGUCCUAGAAACCCUGCUGGUUUGCGCUGUGGACCGCCGCUUUCUGCCAGACGAAAGGGGUUGCAACGCCUUGCUGGGAUUCUCAGGUAAUUGCAUGGGGUGUGGAGAGAAAGGUUUCCGCUAUUUCACGGAGUUCUCCAACCACAUAAACCUGAAGCUUAGCAUCCAGCCCAAGAAACAGAAGCACUUGAAGUACCAUCUGUACCGAAACAAACAAGGCGUCCUGGUCAAAGGGGCUCCCAUCUGCUGGAGGGGAUAUGAAGGCGCUAUGAGACAGAUUAGGUCCAGUCGUUCAGAGGGCCUCUUGACAUCUCAUGAACAGCCUCCAAGCUUGGCUUUGACCUACCCGUCACACACACCUGGCAGCUAUACAGGACCACAUGUGGAGGCACAAACAGCUGACGUGCCCCACACAUUAAUAAAUGGAAAUCAUGCCGUUUCCUCUGUUGCCCCGCCACGCUUAAGUCAGUCAGGACCUGGGAGACCCGCUACAGUCCCCCAUGCAAAUACUGGCCCCCCCAAAAAGAGGCACAAGGGCUGGUCUCCUGAAUCGGCUGUGAGCAGUCUGUCAGAGAACACGGUGAAGUCUCCAUCAUCGUCAUCCAUAGCCAUAUCAACAUCAUCAGUGUCUGCUGUCGUCACCAAUGGGGCCAGAUCAGAGGUGGCAUCCCUCCAGAGUUCAUCGCAGGGGUCCUCAACCCCACUUUCACCUCCAGAGUUGUCUGUAUCAGUUCCUGCUCAGCUGCAGCAAACCUGCAAACUUCAACCUGUAAUAUUUAAAGGUCACGGGCCUCUCCCUCAGCUGAUUGGCAAUGUGGGCGGCGUCCUCGUCAGUUCCCUCCUCCAGAGCUGUUACCUGAGCUCUCAAACACUCCCCAGAGUCUACCAGCACUAUGGACCAUCACCCAUCCAGCCACUCUCCACUGAGAUGCAAAUCCUGCUCACCGUUUACUACCUGGUUCAGUUAGGCCCUGAGCAGGUGCCCCUGAUCGAGGACUUGGAGCAGAUAUUCAUGAGGUCGUGGAGGGAGUCCCACCUCAGCGAGAUCAGACAGUUCCAGCAGCCCCAAACAGCAGCAAUGCAGGGAAGACACUAUGCCAUAGAGGCAGCCUCUGCAAUGCCUGGGCUUCCCCAGCACAUGUCUUUACCUCCCCACAGCCAACAACCCUUGACCCCCAGCCAGCUGCCCUGGCUUGCCCAGCUGGCUGCAUCGUCCUGCGGAGAGAGUGUCCUGGUGCUGGCAGAGGAAGUUAGAUCUUUGGCUCAGGGCCUGCACCAAACAUUAAGGAGAUUGAUGGAGGGGCAGCUUGAAAACACUAACUAUGUGGUCAUCAUUGUCACCUCACCAGGGCAGGAAACACAGUCCUGUGUGGUAGUUACAGGUAAACACCAGUGCCGGGCCUUAUCAGAGAGUGUGUUCUCUCCCAGUGAGGGACUGAAAGAAAUCAACUACCAGCUCUCCACGGGUGUUGCCCAGGAACUUGUUCACUACUGUAAUUCCCUCGGGCAAGAUGGUGAUUUAGAUUCUCUUCUGGACGGUGCCAGCGUGUACAGCAAUGAGGCAUCACCACUAACCAGCAGCCAAGAGUCAGCUGAAGACAGAAGUCUUAAAAACACGCAUAGCCCCAAAGACAUGCAAAGUCUGAAGGAUUCCCAAACACAUUGUUCAAAAGAUGCACUCAGCCCUAAAGAGACCGGCUCAAGUCCCAAAGACACUUGUUCAGAAUAUACGGUGGAGUGGCGUGAGGUCCGUCCCAUCCAGCUGGCCGUGGCUAGAAAGCUGCUGUCCCACGUUUGUGCUAUAGCAGACUCCAGCACACAGAACCUGGACCUCGGCUCCUUUGACCGGGUCAGCUUCCUCAUCCUCGUCCCGCCCUCAGAGGUCACAUUUCAGCAGACUAUUCUUCACCUCUGGAGCUCUGGUGUGCUUCAGGAGUUGGGGACUUUAGAGCAGGGGUGCAUGUCUCAGCCAGAGACGGAGCAUUAUGUGGUCAAGAUGGACCACGGUGCUCUGGCACGAGUUGACAGCCUCAUCCAGGAAGCACACAGCAACUCCUCCACACUCUACAUCCUGGUUCAUGAUCAUGCCCACUGGGAUACCAGCAGCUCAUCCUGCAGCAGCUCAGGCAGUGGUUUGGGUCUGGUGGAUAAACUGCUAAACUCACAGCAGGUGAAGGAUGCUACGAACAUCCUGAUUCUCCAUGUCACCUCAUUCCCCUUCACUCUUCAGACGCAGUGUACUCGCAUCAGCCCUUACAAUGAGAUACAUUGGCCGUCUGCAUUCAGCAAUGAUGUGGAUCUAUAUCAUGAGAGGACACGGUACUUUGGUGUGUCGGAGCUUUUAGACUCGACUCGCUCGGGCAGCAGCAUGCCUCUAAUGCGUCAUGACUCCUCCUUCGAAAGCAUGGCGUUGACCCUGGAAGACAGGUUUCCAAACCUGCACAGCACCGUGAUUCGGACUACGGUUUUGAUCCAACACUACAGUGUUGCUCUGAUGGCUGCAUCUGGCAGAAUCAAGAACUCCCACAAUCUCCACAAACAUACCUCUGUGGAAACCAUGGAGAUAGUACAAUCCCUGCUCACUGCACCCCAGCAGUGUUCAGCUCAUCAUGGUCACAUGGUCCUGCUGCGGAUCCCCUCUCUGGCUCUGGCAGCGUGGGCCCACCGACGCCUCUCCAGAGUGAGGAAGCAGCUCGGUCUGGAGGAGAAUUUUGAAAUCAUACUUGGAGAUCCCAGCCAAAGUCUGAGUAUUGGACAGAAUUUCACUAAUCAGAUCAAGACAUGGUUGAAAAUCCAGGAUGCUGACUGGGUUCCUCACACCUACUUAGAGCUGGAGGCCCUUCCCUGCAUCUUGAUCCUGUCCGGGGCCGAGCCCCUGGGUGAAUCGCUGCCCAGGUCUCUGAAGUACUGCGACCUUCGGGUGAUAAGCUGCUCCUACCUUCACCGGACCACUCUUGAACAGGAGCUGGGAUUGGCUGCUUAUCUAGUAAAAGCAGAUUCACAGCCAGCACACAACUCUGGACUGGGAAGUGACGUGAUUGAAAGUGAUGCGGAAAAACUCAGCAGUACUGAUAAUGACGAGGAGGAUGGACAAGAAAAUGGAGACUCUCCUCCAUCCUCCACUCAGCCACUCCAGCCCUGCUCAGACAGUGGAGUCCUAGAGUCCAUCCCAUCGCAAAGCACCACCUCUCCAGAUCUCCAGAAAGGGACUUUGGGCAGCAUACAAUCUCCCUCAAAAUCACAGACUCACCUUCAGCCCAAGAGCUCAUCUCAGACGUUUCCAUACCCUCACACUGUACCUCCUCACCAAGCCCAACCUCCAAGUCAAAGUUAUCCUCAAGCCCAGUCAACCUCGCAGCUUCACUUACAGCCCCCAAAUCAACUCCAGGCAUUAUCCCAAGCAUAUUCUCAGCCUUCUACUCAAACCCCCCCCUUGCAGCAGCCUCCUUCCCAGAUGCAACUGCGAUCCAAAUCUGCAUCCUCCGGCUCUUCAUCCCCAAGGGCUGCCUCUCCCCAUCUGAACUGCUCGUGGGCACGAGGGGUGAGCCGUCCGCCUUCUGUGCUUCUGCCUCGCGCCCUGUACGACAUUAUCACAGCCAGUGACAGCAGCGGACUCCCACGAUGCACUUCCUUCUUGCCACAUAUGUCUGUUGCAUGGGCAAGCAGCUUCAGGCCUCUGCUGAGUAAAAUGAUGACGUGCACGGAGCAGUCGCUCUACUAUCGUCAGUGGACGGUCCCUCAGUCCUACCACAUGGACAGCAGCAAUCGUGCUGAAGGACGUGACAACUUUCACCCUCGCAGGUUGUUGCUCAGUGGACCCCCGCAGGUGGGUAAGACAGGAGCAUACCUGCACUUUCUGGGUAUUCUGUCCCGUAUGUUGAUCAGGCUUAUGGAGGUGGACAUCUUCGAUGAAGAGGACAUCAAUUACAGUGCCCAGGCAGAGGGGGUUCAGUACCACCCACCCAAUGCUGCUUGGCCCAAUGUAGAAAUCAUGAAGACGAUGCCGUUUGACUACACCAUCCAUGAUGCCAAAUAUGAUGACAUCAGCUCUGUGUACUGCCCUGAAUUUAAAACAACUGCAGAGGGAAAUCCUGUGCGGCAGGAGGAUGUGUACCUACGCAGGCGCACCUCGAGAAUAAAGCUGUCAAAGUAUGCAGCCUACAACACCUAUCAUCACUGUGAACAGUGUCAUCAGUACUUGGGCUUCAAUCCCAGAUACCAGAUGUAUGAAUCAACGCUGCACACCUUCACAUUCACCCACCUGCUGCUGGGGGAAGACAUCCAGCUGUACUUCAUCAUACCAAAGUCUAAAGAGCAUUACUUCAGCUUCAGCCAACCAGGAGGUCAGCUGGAGAGCAUGCGGCUGCCGCUCACGUCUGACUGGAACCCGGACUGCAUCAAGAGUCCCAUCUUCACCCCGACUACGGGCCGUCAUGAGCACGGCCUGUUUAACCUGUACCAUGCUAUGGACGGCGCUUCACACCUACAUAUCCUGGUGGUUAAAGAGUAUGAGAUGGCUGUGUACAAGAAAUACUGGCCCAACCACAUCAUGCUGGUGCUGCCCACUGUCUUCAACGGAGCUGGGAUAGGUUCAGCUCACUUCUUGAUUAAAGAACUUUCAUAUCACAACUUGGAGCUGGAGCGCAGUCGACGUUUGGAGGGAGGAGGCCCGGCGAGUGAUGUCUGGCCGUUCAUCAUCCUUGCUGAUGACUCCUGCGUUAUGUGGAACGCAGUAGAUCUUGAUGCACGGGGAGGACCGGUGGAGCGCACUGUGUCACUGAAGCAGGUCUUACAACACAUGGAGGCCUGUCCCGAGCUGGAACACUUCGGCCUAUGUGGCAUCAGGAAGUGGAGCAGUCGUGGAUUUGUAGGUAAAAAACAGUGGGAGCCUUUCUACAGGGGUCACCUUCAUAACUUCCUCAUGCUCAAUGUCGACCGGAGUCAGAACGUCCAGUACGACCAGAACCGCUUCACCUGCCACGACGUGGACCUCACCCUGAGGCUGCACAGUGCCGGGCUGCUGGUCUGCAGGUUCAACAGCUUCAGCGUCAUGAAGAAGCAGAUCACCAUCGGAGGAUACAGAACCUUUAUUAUCAAGACCAAGAUGACAGAUGUCCCUACCUCAGUGGGACCCUCACAAUACAUCUGUGCCCCAGACAGCAAGCAUCUUUUCUUGGCUACACCAGCGCAGCUCCUCCUGGAAAAGUAUCUCCAGCACACCAGCCAGAAGCUGUUUCCUCUCAGCAUAAAGAACUACACACAGCCCAUACUGUCGGUGGACUGUUACCUCAACCUUGGACUUGAGGUAACCGUGUGUUUUAUGAGUUCCAGACCUCAUUCUGUCAACAUCAACACUACAGGGAUGCUGUUCAGUGGUCUUCUUCUGUGUUUCGCUGAUGCCUUUGUGACUUCUGGGUUCCUCAAGAAGUUCACCUUCCUUAAAGGUGCAACCCUGUGUGUCAUCAGUGCAGAUCGCAGCUCGCUGAGGCAGACAGUGAGCAGGCUGGAGCUGGAGGAAGAGUGGAGGUUCAGGCUCAGCGACGAAUUCCAGACAGCCAACGCUAAAGAGGAUCGACCGCUCUUCUUCCUGACAGGAAAACAUAUCUGACUGAAGCAGGUGUGCACAAUAAGAUGCGAGGAGACACAGGGAGGACUGAAAUCACUUUACUUGCCAAAGAAAAGGGUUGCACUAGUGUUUUUUUUGCAGCAGAAAAAUUCACACAGAGACAUGUGAAAGGAGGAAGGACGUGGAUUAUUAUCUUCUGCACGGAAACUCAAGUAGGACUUAUGAUUUGGAGGUGAAAAGAAAGAGAAGGUAUUUGUUUACAUUAGCCGUAUGUUGUGUGUUGCUUCAAGAAAUUCUGUAUUGUCCAUUUGUUAAAACUUUCAAAAUAUUCAAAAUGUGACUGUUUAGAUGAAUAAGAAAAAAAGAUGCUAGAAAUUAUUCUUUAUUGUACAUUUCUUGACAGAUGUAGUAAACACAAAAGUCAGCAGAAAUGUA